CCGCCGUUUCCGCAGCAACAGGGAAAAAUGGCAGCCCUCGCGACCCUCACCCAGCUGUCAAGCGGGAACCCUGUAUAUGAGAACUUUUACAGACAAGUGGACCCGGGAAACACCGGGAGGGUUGGACCUACCGAGGCUGCCUUGUUUUUGAAGAAAUCAGGCCUGCCUGACAUCACAUUAGGAAAGAUCUGGGAUUUAGCUGAUCCGGAUGGCAAAGGUUUCUUGGAUAAACAGGGAUUUUACGUAGCUCUGCGUCUCGUGGCCUGUGCGCAGAGUGGACACGACAUCAGCAUUUCCGGUCUACACCUCCCCGUUCCCUCUCCAAAAUUCAAGGACCACAGUAGCCCAUCACUGAGCUCUGUUACAUCAACCAAUGAGAGCCACUGGGCGGUGCGGCCUGAAGAGAAGAGCAAAUUUGAUGGUAUUUUUGAAAGUCUUGCCCCAGUGAAUGGAUUGCUGUCCGGUGAGAAGGUCAGACCAGUUCUAAUAAACUCCAAACUUCCUGUGGAUGUGCUUGGAAAGGUGUGGGAUUUGAGUGACAUAGACAAAGACGGACACUUGGACAAAGAUGAGUUUGCAGUGGCUAUGCAUCUGGUGUACCGCGCUCUGGAGAAGGAGCCUGUGCCCUCAGUCCUGCCCUCCUCUCUCAUCCCUCCAUCCAAAAGGAAGAAGUCAUCAGGGUCCUUGUCCAGUAUGGUGCCAGUGUUACCAGGCAGCCCGCCACCACCUAAAGACAGCCUGCGCUCGACCCCCUCUCACGGCAGCAUGAAUUCCCUGAACAGCGCCGGGAGUUUGUCCCCAAAACACACCAUUAAAUCCUCACAGCAUUCAGUAAACUGGGUGGUACCAGUCAUAGACAGAGGGCGCUAUGACGACAUCUUCCUCAAAACAGACACUGAUCUUGACGGCUUCGUCAGCGGCCAAGAAGUUAAAGAAAUCUUCAUGCAGUCCAGCCUUCCUCAGAACCUCCUGGCAUAUAUUUGGGCUUUGGCGGACACCAGGCAAAUGGGCAAACUUACGCGCGAGCAGUUCUCCUUAGCCAUGCAUCUCAUUCAGCUGAAAGUCAGCAAAGGCAUGGAUCCUCCGCAAGCUCUGACUCCAGACAUGAUCCCACCGUCUGAACGUGGCACACCGGGACCUGACAGCUCCAGCUCUGUGGGUUCAGGCGAGUUCACCGGGAUUAAAGAACUGGACGAAAUAAGCCAAGAGAUCUCCCAGCUGCAGAGGGAGAAAUACACUUUGGAACAAGACAUCAGAGAAACAGAGGAAGCCAUCAGACACAAAACCACAGAGGUUCAGGAGAUGCAGAACGAUCUGGACCGAGAGACGUCCACCCUCCAGGAGCUCGAGGCGCAGAAGCAGGAUGCUCAGGACCGGCUGGAAGAAAUGGACCAGCAGAAGGCAAAGCUGGAAGACAUGCUUAAUGACGUACGGCAGAAGUGCCAGGAAGAGUCGCAAAUGAUCUCAUCCCUACAGUCCCAGAUCUACUCGCAGGAGUCAGACCUGCAGAGCCAAGAGGAAGAGCUGGGCCGGGCCAAGGCUGACCUGAACCAUCUGCAGCAGGAGGAAGCUCAGCUAGAGCAGAGUCUACAAGCUGGCAGGAUUCAGCUAGAAACCAUCAUUAAGUCCCUCAAAGCCACACAGGAUGAGAUCAACCAGGCUCGGAGCAAACUCUCCCAGAUCCAGGACAGCCAACACGAGAUCAGUAAGAGCAUCGAGCAGUACAGCAGCACCCUGAACGGAACCCAUGGGGGCAGCAUGACCAACCUAGCCGACAUGAGCGAAGGCUUUCCAGAGAAGGAGAACGGUGGUUUCGGGGCUAUGGAAGACCCUUUCAAGGUGAAAACCACUGUGUUCAACAGCGCCCCGCAGGAGAUACACACAGACCCCUUCCAGUCUGAAGACCCAUUUAAAACAGACCCAUUCAAAGGCGAUCCGUUCCAGAAUGACCCAUUCUCAAAGCAGACCUCCACAGUUGCAGAUCCUUUCGGAGGAGACCCUUUCAAAGAGACCGACCCGUUUAGAACCUCUUCUGAAGAUUUCUUCAAGAAACCCUCGAAGCCAGACCCCUUCAGCAACGCCGAUCCUUUUAGCAAAAGUGCCACACUUCCCUCAAAGAGUCAUCAUUUUUCAAGUAAUGACCCCUUCAGCUCCACCAGCCCCAAACCGAAAGGCCAAGAUUUCUUUGGUACGAUGGACCCGUUCGGAAGCAGUUCGUUCGGCAGCAACAGCGGAUUUGCAGACUUCAGCCAAAUGUCAAAGGGCUUUGUAGAUGACCCCUUCAGCCGAAAACAAGACAUGCCAGCCCUCCCACCCAAGAAAAGCAUACCGCCACGACCCAAACCACCCAGCGGUAAAAGCACUCCUGUAAACGUGCCCGGAUCCGCCGAUUCGGACAAGACGAGCGAUCCCUUCCAGCCCUUCAGUGCCGACCCCGCUGAUCCGUUUCAGAGUAAAAAGGGGGUGGGAGACCCGUUUAGUGGCAAAGACCCAUUUGCUCCAUCUGCCUCAAGUAAAGCCUCUAAAGACUCUUCAUUGGGUUUUGCAGACUUCAGCUCUGUAAGUUGAGCUUAGUGAUACUCUUCUCUUGUCCGGUCCACUUGUUUCUUUCCAAAAUCGAAAUAAAAACCAACCAACAAACCAAAAAAAGUGCUUUCUAGCGAUCACCAGUGAGGUUUCCUAGAGCAGACCGCACCAUUGGCUUCUGUAUCGCUCAGUCUGUCGCCUUGUGCCGGCUACUCAUUUAUUUUCCUCCAUGUCUGCAGUCCAUCUAUCUGUGAUUAACUCACCAACGCACAGAAUUCUGGAUAAUAAGCCCUAAUCAAGCAGCCAGGCAUCAUCUCUAUCUCUUUCAGUGACUCAAAUACAGUUGUUUGUGGUGCACAUGGCUAUGAUGUCGUCUGUCGUUUUGCUCAGCAUUUGCAUGGGCUUGUGGGAAGAGAGGAGCGGUCGCACUUGGUAAUACCAAGCGCUCUCGGCUAAGCUAAUGUGGCUUCUUGCUGUUCUUCUGUGACUCUUUUGUUAGCUUUUAUGCAAAUGUCUUGUUUUUCAAAGAAACACUAUUCAGGCUGCAAUUGUCAUUCAAAAGCAGUCAAAGUAAGGUCUUGGUUUGAACGUACUUCAAAUCAAGAUGAGUUACUGUGUAGUUUAUGCUAAUUUUAGUUUGGUGGUAAAGAUGUAGUAUUUUGCAAAAACGUGCAUAACGAGGUUAGAAAUCAUAUAGCAAAUGAUCAGAUGAUAUUUUUCUGUUUACUUGUAAAUGUAAGUGAUCUACAAAAAAAACGCAAGUGUUCAGCGUUACGAUGUGCACAAUAUCACUAUUUUUGCUUCUUAUCUAAUGGAAACGCAAGUUUCGCAACCCAGAAGUUUGUUAUCGUAAAUGUUGGUGUUUAUUCUAAAAUGUAUGUUAUGUCAGUAUUUUUGCUUAAUCGUCUGCAAAGUAGUCAAUCUAACUGACUCCUAAAAUAAAUCUUUUUCGGCAGCAUCACAAAAAUUUGUUCGCUCAAACAAAACAUCAGUGUUUAAAGUAUAAUCAGGGUGCCCUAUGUCAGUAUUUUCACUAUAUGGACAAAAGUGUGGGCCUUUUGAUUGGCCUGUGACGAGAAAUGUACAUUUUUUUAACCCAAAAGUUCGCUUGAACAAGACGUCAGUGUUUUGUGUUAUUGAUGUGUCUGAUGUCAGUAUUGUCCCUUUGUCUGCUAAAUGAACUAUCUGAUUGGCUCCUAAGAGAAACAUACAUUUUCUUGCAUCCCGAAAUUUGUUU